AUGAGCACCGAGAGUUUACAUCAUAAUAGAAAUACUAGUGCAAUUAAUCCACUCGAUCCAAAUUUACAUGUAAACACGCAACAGUCUCAUUCAUCUACUUCAAGAAAUCCUUUAUACACUCUUAAUUCUAAUGAAGUAUAA